GCGCGUCCGGAGAAAAGGAGGCUAGGGUGCCCGAAGAGUACGACCCAAAAGGGAAGAACGAGGAAAUGAAGAUGAUUGAAGAGACGUUCUGUGGAAAACGGAGGAGGAAAGGUGUGAAAGGGGAACAGAAGAGGCAGUCGAGGACGAACACGAGGCAUCAGCCAUCACCGGACUCUUUGAGCGAUCUUCCUCUCCUCCAGCCUGGAUUCUCUCAGCGUUUCUCCCAGACGCGUAAUUUCCCCGUACGUAUAUCUACCGUCCAUGCGCCGUCUUCUCUUUCCCAACCCUUCCCUCCUCCGCCCACCCGCUUCCGUUCCCCGCCCUCUCCCAGGCGGUCCUAUUGUCCAUUGUAUUGCUUAGCGUUCGCUAGCAACCCCCGCUCACCGUUGCUUUUAUCCCACACAGGCUUUUAUACUUCCAUCUCAUUUAUUAGCAGACACCCUCGACCGAACGACUAUCUGUGAUACUUGCUCCCUCUUCCACCUCCCUUACUCUCUGCUUAGCCCUCGUCCUGCAUAAUCAUCUCACCGCAAUGGAGACCGCCCAUAUGGAGAACGUCCUCGACCACGCCCGUCCUGCUGGCUUUAUGGAGUCCGCUCCUAGCGGGUUCUACGGCCUCAACACUCUGGAUUACCUUUCGUAUCCUCACUCACCCUUUGGUGUUGACAUGGGUCUCCCACAGACAUCCUCUCCCCGUCUUGGCUUCAACUCGCUCAACCUUUCUACAGGUAUGAGCGAAUACACCUACGGUCCUAGCACCACGUUUUCCAACAGCCCCGGUCCUCGGCCCUUCACUCCUACCGGCAUCUACCCAGGUGCUCUCUCUAACCUCAGCACCGGCGACCUCUCCUCCGCCGAUAGCGUCGCCUCAGGUAGGAGUCGUCGAGGCAGCGGUGCUCACUCGCCCGGUCCCGCCGUCCCACCCGGAUCUCUGGCCUCUGUGCCAAGGUCUCAUCGCUUCAACCCCAUCGCCGCUCCCGUCACUCGCUCAUCGACGAGACAGCAGAAGAAACGUGCCAAGGGUGGUUCGGACGAAUUCGACAGCGACAACGACGAAGAAUACAAUGCCAUGAUCCCCGCUGCGAACAAUGAGCAGCGCCGGGAGGAGAUUCGUCGUCAACGCAUCGAGUCCGAGCAAAGGAGACGUGACGAACUUCGGGAUGGUUACCGCCGACUUAAGGAAGCUCUUCCGGUUUCGAACCAGAAGUCAAGCAAGGUUUCCUUGUUGGAUCGUGCUACCACCCACAUCAGGUGUCUUGAGAUGACUCAACAACAACUGCAGACGAGACUGGCUCAGGCCGAGGCAGAGACCGCCCGGCUUAGGCAUGUCAACGAGGCUCUCAUGCUCGGCACAGCUGAACAGCGUCACGCCGCAGCUGCCUCUGCUGUCAUGGCCGCCCAACAAGGCCCUGCUUUCUAAAGCGUCUUCUCCGUCGGGGAAGGCCUUUAGGUCGACAAAAAGCUCGUGCACGCCGGACGCCUGUUGAAGAGCAUUCAUUAAAAAAACUACAACUAUUGUUAUCAUGAUGGACUUACGUUAUUGCUGCCACGACCACAUUUCACGACUCGAGAUGGAACCCUCACUUAAUCGCCUGCCUGGAUAGCAGGAUGCUUUGCAUCUUCACAUUACAAUGGACUUUAGCACACAUACAUCUCACAUCACGCACCCUGUUUAUUCUGUUUAUACGUUCUUCACGACGACACACUUUUAUCCAUCCACACUUACC